AUGUACAAAUCAUUUCGUCAUCUGUGGAUUAUUUUGUGUAUCAUACAACACUUCUUACCAUAUGCCGAAACGCAAAUCACUGAUGAUUGGUUAGAUCCAUUGAGUAUGGACGAAGCGUACCUAACGAUUAUCAAUAGAAAUGCAUCUUUUCCAAUCCAACUUCAGAUUAGAUUGAUCGUCUGUGAAGAAUGUAAUUCUACAGUUAUACCUGAGUCUAGUACACAGCCGGGUGCUAAUACAACGAUCAUUGUCAGUACAACAUAUGCUCAAGAUAUCGAAGUAAUUUCUGAAAUCACAAACGAAAUCUUACUAUGCCAAAUAAAAGCGCACAAGUUCGCUGAACAUGCAUUCUACACACUCGAAAUAUUCCAUGACAGUCCACUGUCGUGUACGAUAACUCAAACAAAAGGUGGAAGUUACUACUGGCUACCCGUCAUUAUCGGUAUGGGAAGUAUGCUCGCACUGGUUAUAGCCAUUCAAGUAUGGAAGCGUAUCACACAACAUUCAUGUUGCUCCCGGUUAUUACCGAAUCGAUUUCGAACAACGACAGAUGGAGAUUAUACUAUUUCACUUCCAAAAAGUCCAACAACAACUGUCAAUGACCCGAAUGAUGAUAUUAUUAAUACGCUGUCAGCAGGCAGUGAACUACCAUUAGUAGGAUCGACUCGAUUGUCGAAUAAUUCUGUUCGAAUAACGAAAGUUUUACCUAAAAGAUUACGUUCAUUGGACACAUUUCGCGGAUUUUCACUUAUGGUCAUGAUCUUUGUCAACUAUGGAGGUGCUGGCUAUCCGUUUUUCAAACAUUCAAUUUGGAACGGUCUAACCUUAGCUGAUAUGGUAUUUCCAUGGUUUACUUGGAUGAUGGGUGUAUCAAUUGUCCUUUCACAACGAUCUCUACGAGCAAAGAAUGUGCGAAAAGCAUCGAUUCUCUACAAAAUCUGUCGCCGAACGUUAGUACUAUUCGUUUUAGGCAUAAUGCUACAAGGUGGUAAUGAUCGAUGGGUUAAUAUUCGUAUUUUCGGAGUUCUUCAACGAUUAGCCGUAUGUUAUUUUAUUACAGCUAUCAUAGUACUAAUCUUUGAUGAUACAGAAGAUGAGCCGUAUUCAUCUGAAUGGCCCAUAGGAAAUGACGUUCAUCAACGAUUCCGAGUUGAAUUGUCCAAUACAUUGUUUCAUUUUUGGCCACAGUGGCUCUUCGUCCUAUUGUUAACAGUUGCAUGGAUUUUAAUCACUUUUUUCGUGAAAUUUGAAAAUUGUCCUAGUGGUUAUUUAGGUCCAGGAGGAAAGCACCACCAUGGAGAGAAAAGAAAUUGUACAGGAGGCAUUGCUGGAUACAUCGAUCGACUAAUCCUCGGAGCUUCACAUGUAUUUAAUCAUCCCACGUGUAAAGGUGUCUACGAGACUGAAAUGCCAUUCGAUCCCGAAGGUAUUUUGGGUAUUUUAACUGGAACACUUCUGUGCUAUCUCGGUGUCCAAGCUGGACAUAGUUUUGCACAUGCCACACGUAUAGUUCGUGUUUGUGCACAUUGGAUUAUUUCUGGUCUCGUUUGCGGAGGAAUUGGUUUAGCUUUAUCGAAAGGUGGUCAAUCUGACAGUUGGAUACCGAUCAAUAAGAAUCUUUGGUCACUUAGUUUUAUACUGGUUCUGGCUAGUUUGGCGUUCUUCAUUUUAACUUUACUUUAUUUACUUGUCGAUGUUUACAGUGGGUUUACGGGUGAGCCCUUUUUAUGGUUGGGAAUGAAUUCGAUCGUUAUCUAUGUUGGUCACGAAGUGUGCGGAAAGCUCUUUCCCGUACAAUUUCGAGUCGAAGAAACACGACAUUGGCAAUUGAUGAUUAUGCAUCUAUACGGAGUCAUCUUCUGGAUCAUUGUAGCCGGUGUUAUGUAUCGAAAAAAGACAUUUAUUGCUAUUUAA